UUUCUAUAAUCAGGGACUAAUAAUACUGCAGGUUCUCCUGGAAUUGCUUUUCUUUAGAACUGUCACUCACUGAAUAUUUUCCUUACGGCCAUCUGACGUGCAAGCGUGCAUUUAGAGAAGGUUACACAACGGUUCUUUCUCUUUAGAGCGGCUCUAAACCCUCCGAGUCUCCGCUAGUAACAAACAAUCUAUACUCACCCCUAUCUAUCUACACACCCUCUCUAACAGCACACAACACCCCGAACUCAACAUGGCCACUACCACCGAAGACCCCAUCAAACUCACAUACCAAGGCCGUCUGGCAAUCAUCACCCUCAACCGGCCCAAGAAACUCAAUGCCCUAGACGGAGACCUCUACUACCUCCUCGGCGAACGUCUCCGCGAAGUAGACAAGCGAGAUGACAUCUUCAUCACCAUCCUCACAGGUUCAGGACGCUACUUCUCCGCCGGCGCGGACGUAAACUCCUCCCGCCCCGGCGGCGGCCUCGGCACCUCCGCACGGCGCGACCUCGCCCGGUCUUUCGUAAUAAACAACUACGACAUCACACACACCUUCGCGCACCACUCAAAGAUCCUCAUCGCCGCGCUCAAUGGCCCCGCCGUCGGUCUCUCUGCGGCCCUCAUCGCCCUCGCGGACUUCAUCUACGCCGCGCCGCACACCUUCCUUCUCACGCCAUUCGCCUCGCUGGGCCUCGUAGCGGAGGGCGGGUCGUCGCGGGCGUUCGUGGAGCGUCUGGGCAUCGCGAAAGCCAACGAGGCGCUUAUAAUGAGUAAGCGGAUUACGUGCGAGGAGUUGGUGGCGGCUGGGUUCGUGAAUAAGGUGUUUACGGCGCCGAGUGGGAAGAGCGAUGAUAGUGAGGGGUUCUUGGGGCUGGUGUUGCAGGAGGUGGAGGAGAGGUUGGGGUUGCAUUUGAAUCAGGAGAGUUUGCUCAAGAUUAAGGAGUUGAUUAGACGGCCCGAGAGGGAGGUGCUGGAUCGCCAGAAUGGGUUGGAGGUUUUUGGGGGGCUCGAAAGGUUUCUUAGUGGGGUGCCGCAGGAGGAGUUUAGGAGGUUGGCGAGUGGGGAGAAGAAGCAUAAGUUGUGAGACAUUGGGUUGGGUUGAAGGGUAUAUAGUGAGUGGUCGUAGUACAUAGGGGAUAGAUGGUUUGUGGAGCAUAGAAGGUAGAGAGGUGGAGGAGGUUAAUGCGAGUAUCACUUUUAGUA